AUGAGGAUGACGAGGUUUGCUUGUUUGUUCUUGCUUACCAUGAUCUUAAGAUCUAGCUAUGCUGCUAUAAGGCCAACAAGUCCUUUGUUAGUAGAUCAGACUCUAAGCUCCUAUAACGAGAUUUACGAAUUGGGAUUCUUCAGUCCUAACAACUCCGAAAAUCAGUAUGUUGGAAUCUGGUUCAAGGGUAUCAUUCCACGGGAGGUUGUGUGGGUGGCCAAUAGACAAAAGCCUGUUACAGACUCCAAGGCGAAUCUAGCUAUCACCAGCAAUGGAAGUCUACUCUUAUCUAAUGGCAAAGAUGGAGUUAUCUGGUCUAGUGGAGACACUUUUGCAUCUAACGGGUCUCGUGCAGAGCUUUCAGACACUGGGAAUCUUAUUGUCAUAGACAAAGUGUCUGGAAAAACUCAAUGGCAAAGCUUUGACCAUCUUGGCGAUACCAUGCUUCCUUUCUCAACCCUGAUGUAUAAUCUUGCUACUGGUGAGAAUCAGGUCUUGACUUCUUGGAAAAGUAACUCUGAUCCAUCCCCUGGCGACUUUGUGGUUAAGAUUUCACCUCAGAUGCCAACACAAGCUUUUAUUAUGAAUGGUUCAACGCCUUAUUGGAGAAGCGGUCCAUGGGCUAAAACAAGGUUCACUGGGGUACCACUAAUGGAUGAAACAUAUACAAGUCCAUUCAGCAUUCAGCAAGAUGCAAACGGGUCAGGAUCCUUUACUUAUUUAAAUAGAAACUUCAAACUUCCACGUAUAAAGAUAGAGCCAGAGGGAUUGCUGACAAUAUCUCAGCAUAAUGGUACCGGCUGGGUACUGAAUUUUAAGGCUCCAGUGAACACAUGUGAUUAUUAUGGUGUAUGUGGACCUUUCGGGUUGUGUCUUAUGUCAGUACCUCCAAAGUGUAAAUGCUUCAAAGGGUUUGUACCAAAAUAUAGUGAGGAGUGGAAAAGAGGAAACUGGACAGGUGGUUGUGUGAGACGCAUUGAACUAGAUUGUCAAGGAAACUCUACUGGAAAAGAUGCAAAUGUCUUCCUUCCUGUUGCAAACAUAAAGCCUCCAGACUUUUAUGAAUAUGCAAGUUCUGGAGAUGCUGAAGAAUGUCACCAAAGUUGCCUCCACAAUUGUUCUUGCGUGGCCUACGCUAAUAUUCAUGGAAUAGGCUGCUUAAUGUGGAAUCAGGAGCUAAUGGACACUGUGCAAUUUUCUACUGGAGGAGAACUUGUUUCCAUUCGUCUUGCGCGCUCUGAACUAAGUGGAGAUAAGCGUAGGAAGACCAUUGUUGCAAGUACUCUGAGCAUUUCUCUUUUUGUGAUAUUGGGUUCUGCUGCAUUUUGUUUAUGGAGAUACAGAGUGAACCAAAACGUUUCGGAAAUAAUAUCAAAGGAUCUUCCACAAGAUUCAUUGAGGAAUGAUCUGGAACCAGAAGAUGUUUCCGGUUUAACAUUCUUUGAGAUGAAUGCCAUUGAAACUGCCACCAAUAAUUUCUGUCUCUCAAAUAAACUCGGACAAGGUGGAUUUGGUUCAGUUUAUAAGGGAACGCUGCAAGAUGGGAAAGAAAUUGCUGUCAAACGUCUUUCUAAAAGCUCCGGACAAGGAAAAGAUGAGUUCAAGAAUGAGAUAGUACUCAUCUCAAAACUACAACACAGAAACUUAGUCCGGAUUUUGGGAUGUUGCAUUGAAGGAGACGAGCGGUUAUUGAUUUAUGAGUUCUUGGUGAACAAAAGCCUUGAUACUUUUCUCUUUGAUUCAAGAAGAAGGCUCGAGAUUAAUUGGCCUCAGAGAUUCAAUAUCAUUCAAGGUGUUGCACGUGGACUUCUCUAUCUCCACCGUGACUCACGCCUCAGGGUCAUUCACCGGGACCUGAAGGUUAGCAAUAUUCUUCUGGAUGAGGAGAUGAACCCGAAAAUAUCAGAUUUUGGAUUGGCUCGAAUGUUUCAGGGAACCCAACAUCAGGACAACACUCACAGGGUUGUCGGAACACUAGGAUAUAUGUCUCCUGAGUAUGCAUGGACCGGAGUGUUCUCUGAGAAGUCAGACAUUUAUAGCUUUGGAGUUCUGAUGUUAGAAACCAUCAGCGGAGAGAAGAUCUCAAGGUUCAGUUACGACAAAGAGAGCAAAGGCCUUCUUGCAUAUGCAUGGGAAUCAUGGUGUGAAACCAAAGGAGUUAAUUUUUUGGACCGAGAUGUUGCUGAUUCAUGUCAGCCAUCUGAAGUUGGACGAUGUGUUCAGAUUGGUCUGCUAUGUGUUCAACACCAACCUGUAGACAGACCAAACACUCUUGAGCUGUUGUCUAUGCUGACCACGAAAUCAGAUCUUCCAUCACCAAAACAACCCAUAUUUGUAGUGCACGCGAGAUAUGGCGAAUCCACGUCUAAGGAUUUGAUCACUAUCAAUCAAAUGACACAAUCUGUGAUCCAAGGGCAAAGAAGUUAUAGUUUUUGGAAGAAUAUGGAGAAGAAGAGGAGCGUGUUCUUUGCUUCUUUGCUCUUGUUUACCAUGUUUUCAAGUUUUAGCUUUGCACGGAUAACGACAGAGAAUCCCUUGUCAAUAGGACAAACACUCAGCUCCUCUAAUGAGAUUUAUGAACUGGGGUUCUUCAGUCCUAAUAACUCCCAAAAUCAGUAUGUUGGGAUAUGGUUCAAGGGUAUCACUCCACGGGUGGUUGUUUGGGUGGCCAAUAGAGAAAAGCCUGUUACAGACUCAACGGCAAAUCUUGCUAUCACAAGCAACGGAACUCUUGUCUUAUUAGAUGGAAAGCAUGGUGUUGUGUGGUCAACAAGAGAAACUUCUGCAAUUAACGGGUCUCGCGCAGAGCUUACAGACGAAGGAAAUCUUAUUGUCAUAGACAAUGUUUCGGGAAGAACUCAAUGGCAAAGCUUUGAGAAUCUUGGUGAUACUCUGCUACCUUUCUCACCCAUGACGUAUAAUCUGGCCACCGGGGACAAGCGGGUGUUGACAUCUUGGAAAAGUCACACUGAUCCAUCUCCUGGUGACUUUGUGGCUCAGAUUACACCGCAAGUUCCAACACAGUUGUUUACUAUGAGAGGCUCGACGCCUUAUUACAGAACUGGUCCAUGGGCUAAAACAAGAUUCUCCGGGAUACCACUAAUGGAUGAAACAUUAGCAUGUCCAUUUAGCUUUCAGCAGGGUGCAAAUGGGUCGUGGUCUUUCUCUUUUGUGGACAGAAGCUCAAAACUUUCAUAUCUAAUUUUAACAUCAGAGGGUUCACUGAAGAGAUUUCGGCACAGUGGUACCAAAUGGGAAGUAAGCUAUCAGGCUCCAGCCAAUCCAUGUGAUUACUAUGGUGUAUGUGGACCUUUUGGGUUGUGCAAAAUGUCAGGAUCGCCAAACUGUGAAUGCUUCAAAGGGUUUGUACCAAAAUCUGCAGAGGAGUGGAAAAGAGGGAAUUGGACUUCUGGUUGUGUAAGACGUACUGAACUAGAUUGUCAAGUAAAAUCUACUGGGAAAAUUGCAAACGUCUUCCAUCGUGUUGCUAACAUCAAGCCUCCAGACUUUUACAAAUUUGUAAGUCCUGUGAAUGCUGAUGACUGCUACCAAAGUUGCCUCCACAACUGUUCUUGCUUGGCCUUUGCUUUUAUUCGUGGAAUUGGGUGCCUAAUAUGGAAUCAAGAGCUAUUAGACGUAAUGAAGUUUUCUGCGGGAGGAGAGACUAUUUCCAUUCGUCUUGCACACUCUGAACUUGAUGGAAAUAAUCGCAAGAAAACCAUUGCUGCCAUUGCUGUUAGCCUUUCCUUCUUUGUGAUAUUGGGUUCUGCUGUGUUUGGUUUCUGUAGAUACAAAGUGACACGUAACACUAUUAUGUCAAAGAAUGUCUCACAAGAUGCAUGGAGGACUGGUCUGAAACCACAAGACGUCCCAGGUUUAAAUUUCUUUGAGAUGGAUACCAUUGAAACUGCUACCAAUAAUUUCAGCCUGUCAAAUAAACUAGGACAAGGUGGAUUUGGUUCAGUUUACAAGGGAAAGAUGCAAGAUGGGAAAGAAAUCGCUGUAAAACGGCUUUCUAGCAGCUCAGGGCAGGGCAAAGAGGAAUUCAUGAAUGAAAUAGUACUUAUCUCAAAACUACAACACAAAAACUUAGUUCGGAUUUUGGGAUGCUGCAUUGAAGGAGACGAGAGGCUAUUGAUUUAUGAGUUCAUGUUGAACAAAAGCCUUGAUACUUUUCUCUUUGAUUCAAGAAGAAAGCUUGAGAUUGACUGGCCUAAGAGAUUAAGUAUCAUCCAAGGUAUUGCCCGUGGGCUUCACUAUCUCCACCGUGACUCACACCUCAAGGUCAUUCACCGAGACCUUAAGGUGAGCAACAUUCUUCUAGAUGAGAAAAUGAACCCAAAAAUAGCAGAUUUUGGAUUGGCUCGGAUGUAUCAGGGAACCGAGUAUCAGGACAACACUCGCAGAGUUGUGGGAACUCUUGGAUAUAUGGCUCCUGAGUAUGCAUGGACUGGGAUGUUCUCUGAGAAGUCAGACAUCUACAGCUUUGGAGUUUUAUUUUUGGAAAUCAUCAGCGCAGAGAAAAUCUCAAGAUUCAGCUAUGGCGAAGAAGGGAAAACUCUUCUUGCAUAUGCAUGGGAAUCCUGGUGUAAAAAUGGAGGAAUUGAUCUUUUGGAUAAAGAUGUUCUUGAUUCAAGUUACCCAUUGGAAGUUGGGAGAUGUGUUCAGAUUGGUUUGCUCUGUGUUCAACACAACCCUGCAGACAGACCCAAUACAAUUGAGUUGCUGUCUAUGCUCACCACAACUUCGGACCUUAAAUCACCAGAACAACCCACAUUUUCACUGCACAAUAGAAAUGAUGGAUCCUUGUGUAAGGGUUUGAGCACUGUUACUGAUAUAACACAAUCUGCGAUCCUUGGGCGUUAA